CGCGCGGAUUGGCUGCUGACCCGAGGUUCGACUUUGUCAUUGGCGGAAGGAAAUAUUCACUCGCUCGCUCGCUUGCAACCACGCGUCGGGACAUUAGUCAUUGUCAGUCAUUUUUCGACGAUUUACAUUUUCGGUUUGUGCCCGUGCUGGAUGUCAAUUCUCUUUGUGCUCUGUGGGAAGGUUUAAUUGCUUAAUUGGUUGAUGGGACCGAAUAGAGGGAACGAGAAAAGCAAGGCCAAGGAUAGGAAAACGAAGAAACUCACGAACGGCAAACGAACCCAGAAAAAUCAGCCGGGACAAACGCAGCAGUUGCCGCCGCAAACCCUAAAACCACUGCAAAUGCAUCAGCCGAACGAAAUGCAACAGUCACAGCAACCUCUACAACCGCUGGAAGUGCCACAACGAAGGCAUUCGCAGCGACUGCAACGUUGUAUUUUGCAAGAGCAUCAGGUGCAACAACAACCGUUGCAGGUGCAACAACAGCAACAACCGUUGCAGGUGCAACAACAACAACAACCGUUGCAGGUGCAACAACAACAACAACCGUUGAGGGUGCAACAACAACAACCGUUGCAGGUGCAACAACAACAACCGUUGCAGGUGCAACAACAACCGUUGCAGGCGCAACAACAACAACCGUUGCAGGUGCAGCAACAACAACCGUUGCAGGUGCAGCAACAACAACCGUUGCAGGUGCAGCAACAACAACCGUUGCAGUCGCAGCAACAACAACCGUUGCAGGUGCAGCAACAACAACCGUUGCAGGCGCAGCAACAACAACCGUUGCAGGUGCAGCAACAACAAGCGUUGCAGGCACAGCAACAGCCACCGUUGCUUGUGCAAGAACCGACGUUGCAAAUGCAACAACAACCGUUACCAGUCCAACAGGCUCCAUUGCAACAACAACAACAUUCAUUCAUUCUCCAACAACCGUCAUUCCAAUUGCAAAAGCAGCCGUUACAGCAAAUGCAACAACAGCCGAUGCAAGCACAACAACUGCCAUUCCAAUUGCAACAACAGCCAUUCCAAUUGGAACAACAGCCGUUACAAGAGCAACGACCAUCAUCACAAAUGCAACAACACCCAUUGGAAGUACAACGCCCGCUAUUACAAAUGCAACAACAGCCGAUGCAAGCGCAACAACCGCCAUUCCAAUUGCAACAACAGCCAUUCCAAUUGGAACAACAGCCGUUACAAGAGCAACGACCACCAUUGCAAGUACAACAACAAUCGUUCCAAGCACAACGCCCGCCAUUACAAGUGCAACAACAUUUUCUGCAAGAGCAAUGCCCACCACCACAAAUUCAACAACAGCCAUUGCAAAAUCUGGAAAUGGGUCAGCUGCCGCAAAGGCAACAACGACAAGGUCAGGCACAGCGCCAACGCGUGGUCCCGGAAGAUCCAAGUAAUAGAAUGGAUGAUUUCGACAAACGAUUGAGGUAUUUAGAAAAUACCAUUCAUCAAUUGAAACUGUCUGUUAGAUCUUUACAGAGGGAGGAGAACCGAAAGGAUCAGAGACAGAGAGAAGACGACAGAGAAAGACAAAGAGAAAGGACAAGAGAUAAAAGUUAUCGCAGGCGUUCAUAAUUUUGCGUUCUUGUCUACUGAUUUUUUUUUUGUAGUUUCUAAGAUUUUUGCUUAUUAUCAUUCAUUAUUUGCCAAUUUUUAUUAUUCUUAAUUAUUCUUUGCCGAACUAUGUUGAAAUAUUUUCAUGUGAAAACGGACCAAUCACACAUUCACAAGCAAGUGAUUUAUCGUCCUAGAACGCGAAUAAUCAUUGGGAGAAUUGUUUUUUCAGUUUCGUGAUUCCAAUUAGGAAUGGGCGAUUCACAAUCUUUUAAAGCGGGUACAUACGGGUGCUCAAGUUAUAUUUCAAUUCCUUUUUUUUAAUUCUCUAAAAUUCUACUACCUGAAAUUUUGUAAUAUUCUAUGAAUUUUAGAAUUAUUUAAUUAAACUGCUUUUUGUCAAAAUUGUCACUUUUAAUAAUCAGGGUAGCGAGUGGACCGGGAAAUGACCGGGAUUUUCAAAAUUGACUGGGAAAAUUACCAAAAAGCAGGGAAUUUUUGGCAAUUCUAAAAAUUUGAUGUAGCUCCAUUUAAAAAGUAAUUUUUUUCAUAUAUAUAUAAUGUGUAGGCAAAAAAUUUUUCAAUAAUUCAAAAUUUUUUAAAUAUAAUUUUGACAGGAAAAAACCAGGAAUUUAAAAUUAUAAAAAAACUCGCCACCCUGAUGUUAUUACAUUUCUUCGCAAAUUGCAUUAAUUAAAAUCAAUAACAGGUAUUUUUAAUAACCUUGCAAGUAUAGAUUAAGGAAUAUGUUGUGCUUUACUAUCAAUAUUUAUGAAAUAUUUUGUAGUAAUGUUUAUUAUAAACUAAGUGUUUAAAUAUUUACGAUAUUCUUGUAUUUGUCUACGAAUUUGUACUGAAUCUUUAAUAAAACUUUAGCUUUGCAUUAAAACUAAUUUUAAUUUUGUAAAAUAAAAUUUAGAUUUUAAAUUUAUUACGACU